AUGUCUGCAGAGGCGCAGGACGCCAGCUAUCGGCAGCUUAAGCUGACGGCUGCAAUGGGCUUCGGGGCACUCGGGCGGAGCCUGUGCGGGGCAGUGGAAGGUGUUCAGGGGCCGGUGCUGCUGCAUCUAGACCUCACGGCCGGGCUACCGCUGCUCAAUUCGGAGUCCUUCGCUGCCGCUCUCUUCGAGCUCAUCGUGCUUGGCCGGGUAGCCCGCACGGGAGCAGAACGAGCAGAUGGAAUCUUCAAGCUUGACAGCAGGAUGAGGGUGGCCAUAGAGCUGCCAGCUGGGGUCGAGCAACCGGAGACCGCGCCUUGGCGCUGUGGGCCGCUGCUCAGCUGGCUCCCGCGUGUCAGUAGCACCGUGAAGGCCGAAGCUUUCUGCGCCGAUGAGGCCUCGCUGCAAGCAGGGCUCGGCGAGAGCUUUGCUGCGGCCAGGCAUGAUGGCCUGCGGAAUCCAGAUGCCGUGGCGAAUGCUUACCACCGUCUCCAAUACGUUUGCGGAGCCUUGGCCAUCGUCCGGCGUUUGGGCGGUGCCUUCCCACUGCAGUAUGAUGGCGCUGACAGCGAGUUGAGCGGCGAAGAGUGCUUCUCAGUGUUAGUCGAGUUCGCGAAGCUCAAACUGCGCCCCUCUCUCUGGAACAUCUGGUCCUUCGUGGACGUACUCUACUGGCAAUUGAAGGAGGUGCACCACCCAGAGUCUGUCGCCAACCAAGCUUGCAUUCCUGAGGAGGGCGCUCCGAAAGCCAAGCCGCUAUCAGAACUGCUGGCCGAGGACUGUCCGAUGUUCAAAGGCGAGCUCAUCGCCUUCAUCCUGCGGACUGCGAGGGACUUUGCCACGAGGCAGACGGCGAACAACGAGGUGGAUCCCGAGACAGUGGUGGCUGCGCACCUGCAGAACUUUCAUCAGGACCGUUUCUGUGGACUUUGGCGCCUCCAGCCUUUCUCCAGUGAUGGUCACCCUGUCUUCGCCAAGUACGACAAGAGUGAAAGGGGCUCCGGGCAGUUUUUCCUGUACUAUCGCGCAGCUCAGCGCAUGUGGGUCAUCGAUGCUGAGUUGGACAAGGUGGCCCCGGCCUUCGCCUACACCCGCAAGAGAGACUAUGAGAAGGGUUGGUGGAGGAUGGCCUCUUGGGUUCCCAACAAAGGCAUGACGCUGGUCAAGGCCGAGCAUCCGCUGGCCUUCGAGAAGGACGCCGUGGAGGUGCGCGGCGUGGACGCUCAGCUCACGGGAUCCCCCGAGGCUGGGCGGACGCUGUUGUGGAUGAGGGAGUACCUCGUUCCUCUCGACGGCAUGUACCUGCGCCAGCCGAAGGAAGAAAAUGUGAACGGCAAAGAGCACUUCGUCUUGGAAAAGCCGCGCAGACACCUCUUCUGGGACACAGGAAUGGACACGUGGUGCAUCGCCCAUGUAUGCCAUUCCGACGAGGGCGUCUAUGCCAAGUCCUCCCGAGCCAGCCUGCUGGGACCCUACGUCACCAUGGGCCGGGACGAGCAGGUGCCUAACGCCCGCGUGUCUUUCAUCACUGCUGGGCAGGAAGCGGCAGCUGUCAGGCGAGACCGAGAGCCACAGCAAGAAGAGGACUUCCCCCUUCUGCGCUGGGAGGACAGCAGUCAUGACUGCAUGCUUUUCUCGAACCGCAAGCACCAGGUUUGCUUCCUUUCGAGCCAACCAACCAAGCUCCGGAUUUCCAUGCAUCCGGGCCUGCUCUUUCUGCUCGAGCGCAACCAUGUCUCCGUCGGUGAGUCGCUGGAUGCCUUGACCGCUGAUCAUACCAAAACCCUAGGCUGCCUGACUGGCGUGGACCGGUCCAGGGAAGAGGCGGCCCAGCUUUUGGAUGGCAAGUACUGCCUCACAGGUGAUGCAGUCCUGAAGAUGCUUGCGAUCUUCGUGCGUCUUCGUUGUGGCCUGCCCGUGAUCUUGAUGGGCGAGUGCGGCUGCGGCAAAACCGAGUUGGUGCGCUACCUUUGUGCCUGGCUGGGGGUGGAGCUGGUCACGCUGAACGUCCAUGGUGGGACCACAGAAAACGACAUCGAUCGGGUUUUCGCUCAGGCGCGAAAGCUUGUCGAGGAGAGCGAGACCGGUGAGCGAGUGAUCAUCUUCUUGGAUGAGAUCAAUACAUCUCAGCAUGUGAACAUGCUUUGCGAAGCCGUGCUCGAAAGGUCGCUUCGUGGCGACGCCCUGCCCUCCAGUGUGGACGUGCUGGCAGCGCUGAACCCUCGCAGAAAGCGGCCACAGCAGCAGUUGACGACCGGCCUCGUCUUCGGGGGCCAGGGCAGCGCCGAGGAGGAGAUGAGUGGGCUGGUGUACCGUGUGCAUGCAGUUCCCGAGACAGUCAACGACUUCCUCUUCGAUUUCGGUGCAUUGACCCAGAAGGCAGAGAAAAUGUACAUCCGCUCCAUGGUGCAGAACGGUUGGCCCGAGAGCCAUGAGCGCGAGCAGGAGCUGGUCACGGAACUCCUCUGCCUCGCGCAGGCCUUCAUACGUUGGGAGGAAGGCGAUCCGUCGGCAGUCUCUCUGAGAGAUGUGAAGCGGUGCUUGCGAGUCGCCCGAUGGACCCAGGAGCGCUUCGGAAAGAAGAAUGCGAAGAGUCAGCCACACCCUCCCUCGGUGGUCGUUGCAGUGGCUUUGGUAUACCAUUACCGCCUGGCCUCCAGGGACAGUCGUCAUAGCCUUUGGAUCGAUUUGACCCGCCGGGCGCCCUGGCCGAGCGACCGGGGCGAGAUGAAGGGCAGGGGCUGGGCGGAGCUCUCCAAGCAGCGCGAGGAGAAUGGCCUCACAGCCAUGGAGAACAUCCUCCGGAAGGUGCAGAACAAUGUCGCGAAGGAGUUCGAAGUCGAGAAAGACGUAGUCAUGAACGAAGCAUUGGCUGAAAACGUGUUCGUCGGGCUUCUGUGCAUCAUGAACCGCAUCCCACUCUUCAUUGUCGGCAAGCCAGGCACCUCGAAGACCUUGUGUAUGCAGGUCUUGAUGAGCAAUCUACAAGGGAAGCUGUCCAAGUCCAAAUUCUUGCAGACGUUGCCAGCCCUGCGACUUAUGCAGUAUCAGUGCUCGCCGCUGUCCACGGCUGACGGCAUCCAGCGCCAGUUCGACGCAGCUUCUCGCUUCGCCUCCAAUGCUCUGGACGCGCAGGUAGUUCUCCUCUUGGAUGAGGUGGGCCUUGCAGAGUUCUCGCCAGACAUGCCGCUGAAGGUCCUCCAUGGAAUCCUGGCAGAACCGGGGAUCGUCUCCGUGGUGGGUUUGUCGAACUGGCGCCUGGACCCGGCCAAGAUGAACAGGAGCGUUUGCCUCGCCCGGCCGGAUCCGGACUCUGCAGAGGUGGGUCGAACAGGUGCAGGGUUGCUCGCCGCCUCUAGUGGGAGUUCCUCGCCCGGUUGGCUGCAGGAGCUGUCGGCCGCCUUCUGGAGCGUUUUCGCGGACCAAGGCGAUCGCGACUGGCUGGGAAUGCGAGACUACUACAGUUUUGUCCGUGCCGUUCGCGAUGGAUGUCUUUCGGCAAGUGUGGAGCAACCUACUGCAGAGAUCCUGGCAUUCGCCAUUCGCCGAAAUUUCGGAGGUCAGCCAGCAUUGCUGGAGCGUCUACUUCAUGCAAUGCUUGCUGCAGGUGCCAGAAGCGAAGGGGAGCGUCUUGCUUGGCCGUUAAAGGAGCUUCUUUGCUCCAGUCUUUCGGACAGGACAGCCCGGCACCUUCUCCUUGCCAGCCAGGGCGCUGCCCUGCCAUGGCUGCAGGCAGCCGGCAUCCUGCCCAAGGAUGCGGAAAUCCUGUUGGGCAGCGAUUUCGCGGAAGAUGCUUCCGAGGCCUACGCCAUCCGCCAGCUCAUGCGGGUGCGGGAUGCUAUGGCCAAGGGCCGCAUGUUGCUGCUGUGUGGAAUGGACGUCAUCUACGAGGCACUCUACGACGUUCUGAACCAGCGCUACGUGCGGCGGCGGACGGAGGAAGGCGAAAUCGAAUUGCUGCUUCGUUUGGCAAUCGGAGCCCGGUCCCAGCUCUGCUCCAUGGCGCCGUCCUUCAAGCUUCUGGUGCUUGUCGACCAGGACCAGGCCUUCCGGCAGCUGGAUGUGCCGUUUCUGAACCGCUUCGAGAAGCAGCUGGUGGAGCCGACGGAGCUGUUGGAUCCAGCGAGGCAGCCUCUUCUGGCGAAGCUGCAGGCCUGGGCGGAGGUCUUGGCUCUGGAAGCUGGCUGCGACGUGGUCGCUGGCGGACUUACGCCUUCGACCCUGGCUUCCUUGCUGUUGGCACGGCCAGAGGCAGACUUGCAGCAGCUGAAGCUAGCCAUCUUCGACAUGGCUUUGCCGCUAGCAGUGUUUCGAUCGAAGAGUUUGCAGCAGCUCAGAGAGGAGAACUCCUACUUCCAGGUGCGACGGAGUCUGGCAAGCAGCAUGGUUCACGUCGUCUCCGGUGCGAACUCUGGCGGCAUCCUCUGCGAGCUAUCCACGUCCUCGCCCAUGGCGCACAUGCCACCACUUCAAGACUUGGCUGAAGUCGGGGGCCACAGCAUCAUCCCAAUUUCGCAGCUCUCGGGAUCCCAGCAGUUGGAGGACAUCCUCGAGAAGUUUUUCUCCGAAGGGGCCGAGACGACUGAAAACAGGACGCUGGUAAUUCAAGUGGAUGCUCUCAGCUGCAGCACCUCGCGUUUGGCACUCACACGGCACCGCUGCGUCGAGGUGCAGCGGAGGCUCGGGGCUGCCGCACGUUCCCAUGUCUUCUUGGUCCUCCACCGGGUGGGGUGGAUUUCAGACGGCAGCAAGGGUUACAGCUGGCAGCCUCAGAUUGGCUGGCACUCCAUGUUUGUCGACGACCUGCAGGGCUCAAAGAUGGCAUCGCUGGGCCCAGAGAGCCGGCUGGUGGGCCAGUCGCUGCAGGAGUUCCUGCGGAGUUCCGCCUACGACCUCCACGUGCGCCAGCUCAUUCCCUCUUUGGCAGAGAUGCUCCGUGUCCGGAGCCACACCUGUCUCGCACGCUGCGUGCAGCCAGACAUCGGAGGUCUCGAGGCCUUCGCCGAGCGAGUUCGUGGCAUGCGCCGAGCGCUCGAGCAAGAGGCUUUCGUGGAGGCCCUCCAGUCGCUGGCACUCCUGGUCCUGGAGAAAUGGGCCGUCAGUGAUCCGGGAGCGUUGCAGCUUCACGUGAAGCUUGCAAUGCAAGAGCUGCGUGUUGGAAGUUUGCGCAAGUCGGUUUGGCUGGCUAUCGAGCGACUCCAACUGUCUGCCCUUACGCACGCACUGCGCUGGAUGGACACCGACUUCAACCUCCGGCACGUCUAUGGAAGCGACGACGCUGCAAAGGAGCUAUGGCUCGCCCUGGUCGAGACGCCGUCCAUCCAGGCGGCACCGCAGGUGCUUGCAACCGCCCUUCGGCCAGGGGCGGCAUUGCAAGGUCCGGCACCUGUUCCGAACAGCGGCCGGCACGGGCCCCUGCGCUGCCGCUGCCCCUUCACCUCACGGCUCCUGUCUCUGUGUGCUGGGGUCGCUUCAACUCUGGACAAGGGAAACGAUCUGGAACGUCUACGCAACAUUUGCACAAAGAUGCUCGGUGAGGAUGUCAUGCGGGCCUUCGCGAAGUUGGAGGCCCUGGCUCCAGGCUCCUUCCUUCACGACACGGUGGCCAUCUGGGCACCCUUGUAUCCAUUGCUCUCCUUCGAGCUCAUCCUCAAGGUUUUCACGAUGGUGUGCAACGAGGAGCUGGAGUGCCCGGUGGCCUCCCCACUAGAAGUGGUGGUGAUGUUCCAGAAGUCGCAGGGUUUGGUGCAAAGCAUCUGUUGCUUGCUCUCACUCGUGGAGGCUUCUUUUGGUGAAGAUACCACAGUCACUGAAUCUCUGCUCGCUGCUGUUCCGGGCAAGAUGUUGGCAGAAUCGGUGGUGGAGGCUGUUGCUACAACGCUUGGCGGCCAUGUGACAGCAGAUUGGGCUGAUCGGGCUCGGCCCCACAUUCGAGUGCUUCUAUCCCAAGCCAGCUGCAACACCGCUGGAGUCGUCUUGGUCGCUCCGAGCUGGUGGAGGCUCCGCCUUUCCUUGGCACUCCAGGAGGCCGCAGCCGUCCCCGCUGGGUGGACCCAGGAAGAGCGUGCUGCGUUGGUGCCUGAUCUGGCGAUGGGCUUCCUCAGCAAGGACUACUGGUGCGACUGUGCUGAAGGCUUGCGCAGCUGCCUUCUGGCAAAAGGUCUGCCAGAAAGCGAGGCCGAAGAAAGGGCACAGGCUGCCGUGUGCAGGGCCUUGCCAAGCGUCGCCAGCGAGCUCCUGGCCUCAAUUUCUGGUGCAGAAGAGAUGCUCCAGCGAGGCGGUGCGGCGGUUGCUGCGUGGAAAGCGGUGGCCAAGAGCUCUGCAUCAGAUCACUUCGGCUUGUCCCCGCUGCCCAUGCAAAUGAUGCGAAGCCUGCUGUGCUGGCUGGAGCACCCGCAAGUGCACAAGGUGCUGCCGGCUGACGAGGAAUUAGAUGUGAAGGCCCUGACUUAUCUCCUGAAUUUCAUCGAGGACGUCGAGGAAACGGGGGAGUGCAGUAAGGAGGAUGUGGCGAUGGUGCUAAAGCCUGAGGAAGGUUCGAGGCAGCUCCUGCAUGCAGCGGCUCGCGUGCGGCGGAUGGUGGCCAGCUAUGCGCGAGGCCUAGUCCUGGACGUCUUUGCGAAGCCCCCGGACCUGGUCGCGUCGGCGCUGCGAAGCCCUUCCGUGGCUUUGUAUGCCGCAAAGGUGAUCCGGCAAAUGGGUGGCGACACUGACUUGUGCCGCAUCGCAGCUUUCGCGCUGAAACCCGAAGGAGCCCACCUCGGCUGGUUUCCUUUAGAUGGCAAGCGCCUUCCGAACCUCAGCAACGACCUCCCGGAUCCUUUCGUGCACUUUGCUCCACAAACAGCCAAUGAGAAGCCCUUGAAGUGGUAUCUCGAAAUUUGCGGAGCUGUGGGAGUGGUGGCGAGCUCCACGAGGGCCAGCAAGGACGAGUUUGACAAGGCAGUACAGAGUGCAUGCCAAACGAAGAUUGGCUCUUGGGCCCGCGGCAAAGCCUUUGGAAGAUCAGUUCUGGCCUGCAUCGUUUCGCGUGUGCUGCUGAAUCGUCAGGUGGCCGUGGCCGAGGGCCUGGAGGUGCUGCGAGACUGGGUCAGCGAGAAUCUCGAGACCGAGAAGGCUGCCAGGCAGAGGAACCGACUCAUGCUGGCGAAUCGGAUGUUCUCCGGGCUCCUUCCACAUCUUCAGGAAGUGACCGAGGAAGCGAAUUCGACGGACGAGCCUCCGAGGAAGUUGCUGAAGUUCCUGGAGCAGCUUGCGCACCACCUGGCGCUGCUUGUGCUUGGGGCCGGGACGCAGCCAGCGGGUUGGCUGGAGCAUGUCCUGACCAACCCGGGUGAAGCUCAGCGAUCCUACUGGCCCACAAUGCCAGACAGCGAGGAAGCUGCAGUGGUGGGAGCCAUGGGCUAUGUGGGCUGGUACACGUGCCCGAAUGGACAUCCCUACUCCGUCGGUGAGUGCACCAGGCCAAUGCAGCUGGGCAUCUGCCCAGCUCCUGGCUGUGGAGCCCCCAUCGGCGGAGAGCAUCAUCAGAAUGUGCACGGCGUCCGCACCAUCAACGAGGAUCGCCUUCUGAGGCACAGAUCGCAGCCUGGUUACAUUGCAGCGACGAGUGAACUGGUGGAUGACACCAUUGUGAACCAGUUCAAGCGACAGCUGAACAUGCGCGGCCUCAAAGCGCUUCGCCUGGUGCUCCGCGUGGCACUUUGGGCGAGCCUGAGCUCAGAGCAGCCACGCCCUGCAGUCGAUGCCGUGCUGCCUGGAGCUGCCGCGAGUACAAAGGAUGCCGCGAAAGAGCUCUAUCAGCGGAUUUGCGAGGACUGGAAGUCUUUGCUGUCGCGCACCAAGCUGCCUCCGCGGGAGCUGGGUGCCUGGUUGCAUGUGACUUUGAUGAGAUGUCCACACGUGGGCCGAAGUCUGUCUAACGAGACGGAGCGAGCAGACUUUGAGUUAAAUUUCCAGGUUGCCUCCGAGCAUGCUUUUACGGCUUGUGCGCAGCAGCACGAGGACCGGAAGAAAAUGGAUGUGGGCACAGACUACACGGCAGCAGCAUGUAUGGCCUUGGGCGACAAAGCUUGGCGCGAACUUGGCGACAACUGGGAGAAGAGUCUCUACGAGACUGUGGAAACGGCCUUGCCGUGCAUUCUGUGGCACGGUCGCCAGCCUGCCGGUCUAGCAGAUUUUGAGCGGAGCUUCAUGUCUUGUAACGAGAACGCUGUCCGCCGGCCAGUUUUGUCCGUGAUGCUCAAGGAGCAGAGGCGCCUCACAGCGCUCAAGGCUCUUCCGGCGGUGCUGGCCUGGCAUGCGGUCCUUUUCGAGGCCUUCGAAGACUACGGCCUCCUUCGAGAGGAGGCCCGGCAGCUCACGAACUCUGAAGCUAUCGCUAGGCUUCCGGAGCACCGCCGGGCCCAUGCGGAAGAGUCGCUCAAGGAGUUCUGCCGCUACUUCAACGUGGCUUUCCCGCUGGUUGAGCGUCUCUUCGAGUGCGAGGCCAACCCGUUCCUGCAGCAGGGCAAAGUUAACCUGCCGGGGCCAAUGACACCCGAGACACCCGUGAUCUUCUCGUUACCCUACGUGGCACCAUCUGGUGAAACAGAGGCCUCCACCCUCUGCACAGUGCAGCUUGCCAACGUCUUGCAAACCGCCCAAAACGACUUGGUCGAGGCAGUCGAGGCAGCCCUCGGCAUCCAAACGGAGAACACCCCGGCGCUUUCGGUCAGCGCAGCCACGGAGCCCAAAGUUGUGGCUUCCCUGUUGGCAUCGCUGGAUCUUCGGUCUGACUUGCUGCCUUUAUUGCACCAGAGCCGGAAAGAGACAGAAUCUCUAGCCUCCGCGGCAUACGACCUGGAUCAGCUCGAGGAAGCAUUGACGCAGCAUUUCCGAGGAGCUGUCCGUAUCCAGGUUCAGCUGCGCCACUAUCGCUUUGGUGGAGAGUUGAAGGACUCGGGCCGUCUGGCAAUUCUUCGGCAACGGCUUCCGCAGCAGCCUUUGCCCUUCGGAAUGGUGGAGGAGUUGCGGCGAGAGCUGGAGCGACGGGGCGAUGCUGAUGAGGCAACGCUGCAACUGCGUGCUCUCGUCGAGGACGUCAUUAACCUUUGUCUUUCUCUGGGUGCUCUCGGCAAAGCUGGCCGUGCUACAGUUCAUGCAGAAACGCCACUAGCGGAGUUGGUCGAUGCUUCGGCAGACGGGGCGAAGCUGCCUCAGGCUCUCCACAGCCGGGCUCGGCUUUGUCACCUGCAAGAUCUGUACAUGGAGCUCGUGGCAUCCAACCAUGCGGGCGACUCUCUAGCAGCGGUUGCACUAGCAUACCAGGAGCCUCUGGAACCAGCAGCAGCCGCCGCCUUGGCCGCCUCUGCAACGGAGUUGGCGGAGUGGCGGCCGGUGUUGCAUGACCUCCUUGCCGAGCAGCUUAUUGUCGACCGCUGGCCAGCAGGCUCCUCAUUGAAGGAGUUCUUGGAGUUCGCUGCAGGCGAGCCUCCUCCGGACUGCUUCCCGGAGUCCUUGGAGCUUCGGCAUGCCCUCGCAGUAUAUCGUUCGCUGGCGGCUGCGCUGGCAAGUUAG